CGAACAAAAGAAGCCCAGCCCCGACACCUCUUCCUCUUGAGAAACCGGUGAAGCUUGAUGAUUUUUGCCUUCUUUUCUUGUUCAAGAACAAGAUUUGAGCUUAGAAACCUUCUCCCCCUGUUGGAAUUUCUGGAUCUGCUCUGCUCCUUCCUUCCUCACCGCCGGCUGCUCUUGAUUGUGGGUGAUUUCUGGGCAUUUUUUCGUUCCCGUGAGUCCCCUGCAGAUUGCCGGCGGCCUCUUUCCCCUGCCAUGUCCGAUUCUGCAACUGGAAAAUUCUGGGGGAUAAUUCUGGUAGCUUUAGGAUAAAGUUUAAGCAUUGAUUCAAGUGGAAUUUAUGUGAUUGAGUGUUAAUUGACUGCUGUGAUUUUUGGAGAGAAAAUCCCAUGAAUUAGCUAGUGUUUUGGUCGAUUUUUGGAAUUGCAGUUACUGUUCACGGCACUGUUCACAAAUACUGGUCACGCACUAAUGCCCAACAAUUAACGGGGAUUAAAUGUUUAGUUUGUAAUAUAAGAAUAAAUGUGGAGAUGUCUG